AUGCCUGCUGGGAUGAAGAGAGGUGCAUCAUCAGCAUCUGCUGUUGCUGGGACUUUUGGGUACAUCGGCCCAGAGUAUGCCCGCACAAGCAAGGUGAAUGUAAAAAGUAACAUCUACAGCUUAGGGGUUGUACUGCUGGAAUUAGCAACUGGAAGAGAGCCAGUCAAUCGAGCUGAGCAUAUAAACCUUGCAGAAUGGGCACAACGGCACUGCAGAGAGGAAAAUUCCAUUAUUGAUGCCCUUGAUGAGGAGAUCAAGGAACCAUGUUACUUGGAAGAAAUGACUGUUUUGUUCAAAAUUUGGCUAAUGUGUACUUCAGUAUCACCUUCCACCAGGCCUUCAAUGAAGGACGUUUCACAGAUUCUUCAAAACUAUGUUCAUAAUCGUUCUUGCCGGAUUGACACGGUGGAAGAUCUUAAUGUUGACACACUUGAUGCCAGUUUCCAGUGAUUGAGCAGGUCAAGCUAGGUUUUUCAUGUUCAACAAACUGUACAGUUGGCAAAUUUGCCAUUGCUAUUACUUCAUCAUAAACAAUAAUGAC